GGAUUUUCUUUUUUAAGGGAUUUUUUUGUGUUUAAAUUCUGCGUGGGUGGUGUUGUAAAGGGCAAUGUAUACCGUGUCAAAGGGACCAAGUAAAUUGGUAGCCAAAACACGGAGAGGUAUUCCGCAGAAUUAUGAGAAGUUUGAAACACACCGAGAUAUGUACAGGAAAACAACGGAAACGGAUAGUUCGGAAAUUAUCAGUGUACCUAAACCCAUCUUCCAGUCCACGAAGAAAUUCUCCAAUCACAUGAAGAAUGGCCAUCAAAUUGAGGAGACACUCAGUCCGCAGCAUGAAGAAAUUGUCAAAUACAUCCACGAGACGUGGAAUAUGGUGAUUGCACAGAAUCCAUAUGAUCCACCCUCAUCACCGGAAAGUACAACUUCAUCCCCGUCAUCGUCAUCGGUGUCCUCAACACCGCCCACCACUGCAUCCCCAUCGGUGUACUAUACAGACGCCCCUAGCCCUGUUUUAAGGGACUUCAAGCCAUUCGACCUGGAGUCAUGGUGGGGUCGUCGGCUGUACUACAACAUCACGAAAAGUCUGUGAGAUUUCUCUCAGUGUUUAGGGGGGGUGGCAGCUCUGCGUGGGCACGCGGUAUCGUUAAAAAAAGAAUUAAAAAAUCUACCACAAGCCUGAGUUUAGUGAUAUUUUGAGACAAAGUUAAUUAUUUUGUUACAAACAAAGAAAAAAAAAGAAGCAAAAAUGGCUUAAAGAGAGGAAAAGAAAUUUCUUGAAAAUUGAUGCAGAAAUUUUCAUUUUUUUACAUCAUUUUUACAUUAAGAGAAAAAUUGAAAAUUUAAUCUGCAACCAUGAGAAUUUGCCUGAAGAAAAACCAAAAAAAACUCAUAAAAAUUGUACAGAUUCUUCCGGAGAAAAUUGCAUGCUAAAAAGCCUUGAGAAAGAAUGUUUAAGGAUUAAGAAAAUGUUGCAAAAAUAAUUCCUUCGAAGAAAUAAUAAGGAAUAAAAUUGCUGAUUUGCAGAAAAAAGAAGAGAAAAAUUUUGUUAUUAAAAUAAUGUUCUCGCCUUAAAAGUCCUUUAAUUUGUAAUCCUCCCACAAUGAUACCAAAUUAAUCAGCAAAUGUCCCUGCAAUGCUGUUGUUGUCAUUGCGCGCAAAAAUAAAUAGAAAAAUGAGCAAAAUAAGCGAUUCUGUGGAAAAUAUUUUCUUUUUUUUAUAGCAGAUUCAGAUUCAGAUUUGUUUGGGGUGGCCGCGACUGAGAUCGCUUCCAAUCCACUGCAGCUAAAGCAAGCUUAUUGUGGGUUUUUUUUUAUAGCAAGAAAUGUGUCUUGGCUAAUUUCGAAUUUUACCUCCUUUUUUUUUUACACAAAAUGCUCCUAAAAUCUCAUUAGAAUUUCACGAAUGGAAAGAUAAAGGAAAUAUUUCUUUCACAAAAUAUCAAAACUUUUGCUUUUAUAGGACAAAUAUGUGUCCUGACUAUCAAUGGUCUAAAAUUGUACUAAAUUUUAUACCUACUUAAAAAAACGAACUAAAAUUCACAAAUUUUCAAAGAAAAGAAAAGAUUUUCCACAGAAUUCGCUGCAAAGUUUAACUCUUUUAGCUAAUAAGGAACGACAAUGCAAUACUUUUAAAGCUAAAGCAAAGAAAAAAAUCCUCCUUUUUGCAAUUUUUUUUAGUGAGUCAAUGCAUUAAUUUAGUCAGAAAGAUAAAUAGAAAAAAAGUCAUAAUAAGUAGGAAAUAUUAAUGUAGUCAGUAUAUAGAGAGGCCGAAUGUGGAGAAUGAGGUAGAAAUUUAUUAUUUGAAGCAAGACAGAGGAUGAAACGUACUGAGGAUGAUGAGAAAACUUUGAUAAUAAAAUAAUUAGUAUAAAUCUAAUAAAA